AUGUCAGACCAGUCAAAUUGUCACCACGGUAUCCAAAUGUACUUGUUCUUAUAUAUUCUAAAUUAUUUUUUACAGUUCCGUGUUUGCGUCGUCCUUGCCCUGGCCUCCAGCGCCCUUGCUGGAUUCCUUCACGGUAGUGGCUACAGCCUCGGCAGUGGUGUCGGCCUCGGCAGCGGUGUUGGCCUCACUAGCUAUGGUCUUAGUCACGGAAUCGGCUACUCCGGCCUCACCGGCUUCGGUGUCGGCCAUGGCCUUGCCUACGGACCAGCCGCCAGCUACGCCGUGGCUGCCCCAGCUGUUGCUCGCACCGUCUCCACUUACCAUGCUGCUCCAGCUGUGACCGCUGUUCACGCUGCUCCAGCUGUCGCUACCUACGCAGCUGCCCCAGUCGCCACCGUGGCCGCUGCUCCUGCCGUGUCCCGCGUGACCACCUACCAGUCCGCUCCAGUUGUGGCCGCUGCCCCAGCGGUUUCUACCACUUACCACGCUGCUCCAGCGGUCGCCACCUACGCCGCUGCUCCAGCCGUGUCCCGCGUCACCACCUACCAGUCUGCUCCAGCUGUCGCUACCUACGCUGCACCAGCGGUCUCCCGCGUGACCUACCAGGCCGCUCCAGCUGUGACUAAGGUUUACCAGAGCGCCCCAGUCGUCGCUGCUGCCCCAGCUGUGUCCCGCGUCACCACCUACCAGUCUGCUCCAGCUGUCACCACCUAUCAGUCUGCCCCAGCUGUCGCUACCUACGCUGCUCCAGCUGUCUCCCGCGUGACCUACCAGGCCGCCCCAGCUGUGACUAAGGUUUACCAGAGCGCCCCAGUCGUCGCUGCCGCCCCAGCUGUGUCCCACGUCACCACCUACCAGUCUGCACCAGCUGUCGCUACCUACGCUGCUCCAGCUGUCUCCCGUGUGACCUACCAAGCCGCCCCAGCUGUGACUAAGGUUUACCAGAGCGCUCCAGUCGUCGCUGCUGCCCCAGCCGUGUCCCACGUGACCUACCAGUCUGCCCCAGCUGUCACUAAGGUCUUCCAGUCUGCCCCAGCUGUCGCCACCGUCGCUGCCGCUCCAGCUGUGUCCCACGUGACCACCUACCAGUCUGCCCCAGCUGUGGCCACAGUCGCUCACGCUGCCCCGGUAGCCACCUACGCCGCUGCCCCAGUCGCCAGCUACGCCGCUGCCCCAGCUGUCGCUACCGUUCACGCCGCCCCCGCUGUUGCCACCACCACCGUCCACCACGCCCCAGCUGUGGCCACUGUCUCCCAUGCUGCCCCAGCCUUCGCUGCCUACCAGGCGGCCCCAGUCUACGGUUACGGUGUUGGAAGCCUCGGCUACGGCGCUGGCCACUACGGCUUCGGCCACGGCUUUGGUGUCUACGGCCUGAACUACGGCUACGGCCUUGGCACUCCCUUCGACUACAACACCCUCCUCCGCAGGAAGAAGUAAAUCAUUCUUUGAAUCAGACGACAUGGUGCGCUGAAGAAGAAAAGAAUAAUUUGUUGAGCUUAAGCUCAGUUGUCCAUAUUGUUAAAUACUGUUGCAAAAUAAAUGUUUCCUGUUGUACAAAAAA